UACGUCGUCCUUGCGUGUCUGGUUGCUGAGCAACCGUAGUCUACACCAAGCAGAGGAUGCAAAGAAGCGAUUGUAAGCCUCUAAGUGAAGAUGCCCCGCUCUGCAGCCAAGUCCCGAGCUGACAAAGGCGGACGUAGGUCUUCUGUCAAAGUGACCACACCUCCAGUCCAGGACCUGGAAGUGGAAGACAUUAUCCCUGGUCGCUUAACUCAGGUCCAAUGGACAGACAUGUUGAUCCAGGAGGAUACAGAGGACGUAGUGGGGGAGAUCAUGGAAGAACUGUUGAGCAAGGUCAUGGAAGGCUGUUUCAAGGCGGACAUUAAAAGACAGCUAGCACCUUUUUCCACAUCCUGGGCCAAAAGUUAUCUCAUACAGACUCUGGAGCGGCAAUUCCUGUGCCAAGAUGAAGGAGAAGGACCCGAGGAAGCAUCUAAAACAGAAGACUCAGAGCCAAUGCCAGCAACUCCAGAUGCCUGGGCCCAAGGAUGUUUUCCCAUUGUAUAUCCUACCCCUUCAUCUAAACCCACCUCACAACAGGAGACUGACAUUGGUCAGGCUUCAGGACAAACAGAGCCAAGAACCAACCAGCAAUGUAAUGUUAUGGCCCAAACAAAUAGCUCUCCAAAGCAAUCUGCUAAGGAAAUAAGUCCCAGCACACCUGUCAGUGACAGGAGAUACAAAGUACUUAGCCCUCACUCCCCACUGCAAAUAAAUCGAAAGAAAAAACAGCAAGAUCAUUUACCUCCCAAGCUUGUUGCAAGCAAAUUUCUGCCAUCACCGCCCUGUUCAUCAAAAAAAAAGGACAAAGAGGCAGAGGGUGAACAUAGAUCACAGUCCGUUUAUAACCAAAUGACUGGAUCAUUCCAUCGGCUUAAGGACUACCAAUCCAUACCGAAGCUUGAUCAUUCCUGUCUGCCUCGACACUGCAUCGUUCCUCAGUAUGAGAUCUUAGAUAACAGCAACACAAAACCAGACUACAAGAAACCACAUAGACUAUCCAAACUAGAACCAAGAUGUAACAAGCAACAAACUAAGUGGACAGUAAACUCAUCAAAGCCAUCAACCAGUUAUGAGGAUCAGCCAGCAAAGAAGAGAAAUGAGGCAGAUGUCUUGCUGAGGAAGUCAUUUCCCUCUACACAUAGAAGAGAAGUGAUGAUGUCGUCUGGGCUUCUGAGGCUGGACACCAUGGAUUUGGCCAAGGGUGUUUCUCUCCUGGAUCCUCAGGCCACAGAAAUUAACCCACUCAAAUUUAAACCUCAGGCCCAGAAUACCAAGCUGAGGCCAAUACAAAGUGAUGCUGCUUUGCCACUGUUGUCUGUGGAUCAGUUUACCACAGCUCCACCACCUCAGGUCACCCCAUUGUCUCAGUCCUAGAACUAUUAUGAUAAUACAUUUCAUAGUAUCUGUAUCUGGCGCAGAAUGAGCAAAAUGUUGAUGAAAAAAAAAUGCUUCUAGUGCACAGUGAGGCCAUAUCUAUAUCUAUAUAUAUAUAUAUAUAUAUAGUGUGUGUGUUCUGUUGUAAAAGAUGAUUAUACAUGUGACUUUGAUUGUGACAAUUUUCACUCCAUGCAUUUACAAGCUGAUAAACUGUGGAACAAUACAUUGUCAAUGUUUUCUAUUUUUUUGUGUAAUUAUAUAAAAAAAAGAUAUUGAUGUGCUCUAUCAAUGCCUCUUACAAAAUAUGACAAAGGUAAAUAAAGAAGUGUUUUACAUCCAAA